AUGGGCUUGACUGAUGCAAUAGCAGAUACAGGGGUGGUACAGAAUGAUGGGAAUGCUAUUUCAUAUGGUUAUGAGAUGACAAGCAACAAUGAAGACCCUGCUAGUGAUUUUUUCUAUAAUGGGCCUGAGCAUGAAAAUGAGCCUGAGCAUGGGCAUGAGUCUGAAUCACCAAUGACUCAAUACCGGUGGGAUCCAAAUGAAGAAGGGUUAAUUCGUGAAGGUUUUGAGAAUACACUGAAAGAUCGCUACAGGGGUAGAACGAGGGAUGCUAGGGAAGGAUCGGUAAAUUCUGCAAGAAAAGUUGUCCACGUUAUCACAGAGAUUACUGAUAAAUUUGAGAUUCUUGCAAAUUACAAUCCUGCUGAAAUACAUAUAGAUGUUUGGUGAUGUUUGUGCAGGG